CAGCCAAAAAGUUUCUGCGUUUCUUAACCUUCACCACUGUAAUGGCUUCCAAAAUCCAUAUCUUCAGGAAAUCAGCCAUGGAAGCUGGAACCCCUGAGAAGUAUUAUAUCAAUCCAUCUGAGAAACUGAUGAGCAUGGUACCUGAUUGGAGAGUUGUAGAACAUGAAAAUGCUAUUGAGUUGAUUUCCAACAGGGUUGUUUAUAAGGGUGCUUUGAUUUUUGGCAGAAUAUACAACAAUCAAGCUAUUCACGAUUCUGAAAACAAGUAUGAUGACUACAGUUACAUUAUGAAUACUGAUUUCUUGAUGUUGAGAAAUUGGAGUGGGAGAUUAAAGAUGGCAUUGCAAAGACUUACAUUCCUAAAAUCAAAGUUGAAGACGACAAGAAGAAGAAUAAGAAGAAUGUUGUUGGAUCGAGUUCAGCCUAAGCAGUACUAGUAUUAGUAGUAAGAAAAAUGGAAGGUGGGUUCUCUUUGGCUUUUAUGAAAUUACUUUCAGUUUUUUUUUUCUUCUGUUGUUUCUAGGAUUUCUGGUUUUAGUUAAUUUCUAGCGAGGGAGUUUCAAGUGUUAUGUCUAAAUUGGUUUUAAUGAUCAUCGGAGGUCUUGAUGGUGAAUAUCAGCAUAUAACACGAGAUGUAGUCCUUCCAUUUCAUUAAUGAAAAAUUUCAUGGAUUA